AUGGCCGAAACUAUUCCCUCCCCAAAGGGAUGGCCACUUAUUGGCAAUGCUCUCGAGGUCGAUGCAGAGUACCCCAUGACAAGCCUAUCGAACCUGGCUAAACGAUAUGGGGAGAUCUUCAAGCUGAACUUGGCUGGACGCGAAAGAAUCUUUAUUUGCAGGAGAGACCUGUUCAAUGAGCUUAUGGACGAGAAGAGAUUCGAAAAGGCCGUGACAGGGUCGCUUUUUUACAUUCGAGAAGCUGUUCACGAUGGUCUGUUUACCGCAUUGCCAGGAGAACACAACUGGGCAGUGGCCCAUCGAGCACUGAUGCCCGCUUUUGGCCCUCUCCACAUCCAUGGCAUGUUUGAUGAGAUGUACGAUAUUGCCACUCAGCUGGUUCUCAAGUGGGAACGGUUUGGUCCCCAACAUGAUAUUAAAGUCACAGACGAUUUCACUCGGUUGACACUGGACUCAAUUGCACUGUGUGCUAUGGGGACUCGGUUCAAUUCUUUUUAUACGGAAGAAAUGCAUCCUUUCGUCGAUGCAAUGGUCGCUGUGUUAGUCGGUGCAGGCCAGCGCGCACGAAGACUACCACUGCCAAGUUACUUCUUCAGCGCCGCAGACCAACGGUUCAAAGACAAUGUGGCGUUGUUGCAAAAAGUUGCCACUGAUCUGGUGAAGCAACGUCGUGAGAACCCGGUGGACAAGAAAGACCUUCUCAAUGCCAUGCUCUAUAACAAGGAUCCCAAGACAGGGGAAAGUCUCACUGAAGAAAGUAUUGCAAACAACAUGAUCACAUUUCUUAUUGCUGGCCAUGAGACCACGUCCGGUCUUCUUUCGUUCGUGUUCUACGAGCUCCUGAAGAAUCCGGAAGCCUAUCGAAAGGCACAAGAGGAGGUUGACCGAGUGGUUGGUGAUGGGACCGUUGAGUAUCAACAUCUCUCCCAGCUGGAAUACCUCAAUGCGAUUCUAAGAGAGACUUUACGCCUAUAUCCGCCCGCACCUGGGUUCACGGUGCGGCCUAAACAAGAUGAAAUCAUCGGCGGCAAGUAUCACAUAACAAAGGAGUCUCCUCUCUUCUGCUUCUUGAUGGCCAUCCACAGAGACCCUGCAGUGUAUGGUGAAGACGCCGAGGUCUUCCGCCCAGAACGAAUGAUGGAUGAACCAUUCCGUCAACUACCAGCAAAUGCAUGGAAACCAUUUGGGAACGGUGCCCGUGCGUGCAUUGGUCGGCCUUUCGCAUGGCAGGAGGCUCUCCUGGCUUUGGCAAUGCUUCUUCAAAACUUCGAUUUUACCAUGUCUGAUCCAUCCUAUCAAAUCUCACUCCAGUCUACCUUGACAGUCAAGCCACAUAACUUUUACAUGCGCGCGAAACCCAGACAUGCAGACAUUGCGUCUCGACUUGGUGGACAACGGGACCCCAAACAACAAAAGCCUGAAAAGGUUCUAGCAAAAACGACAGCAGACACUGGUUCAAGCCUGCCUGUACUGUCCAUCUUCUAUGGUUCCAACUCAGGCACUUGUGAAGCCAUGGCUAAUACUCUGGCUUCCUCUGCUUCGCUGCACGGUUUCAAUGCCACCGUUGAAAUAUUGGACAAGGCUACCAAUGCCUUGCCGAAGGAGGGGCCAGUCGUUCUUAUCACCUCCAGCUAUGAGGGAGAACCCCCAGAUAAUGCGGCCCAUUUCGUGUCUUGGCUGAAGACAUUACAAGGAGAAGCAGCUCAAGGAGUCAAGUACGCUGUGUUUGGCAUGGGCAACCGCGACUGGCACCAUACAUACCACAAAAUCCCCACCCUCGUAGACAGCAUAUUAGCGGAGAGGGGUGCAGAGCGCAUGGUAGCCAGAGGAGCUGCGGAUGCCAACGACGCAGGCUUUUUGGACGUCUUUGAUGGUUGGAAAGACGAACAGUUGUGGCCUGCGAUUGCAAACACCUUCCAUACCCGUUCGAUCGCAGCCGAGGACGAUCAAUCUACAGGUCUCGACGUUCAAGUGACGGCUGACAGUAGAUCAAGCCUCCUUCGACAAGAUCUGAAGACAGCCAUGGUGCUCGAGAACCGAGCUCUGACGGCGCCCGGGUUCCCUGAGAAGCGGCACAUAGAGAUCCAACUGCCUUCAGGCAUGUCAUACAAAGCUGGAGACUACCUGGCUGUUUUGCCGUUCAACCCGCGGAGAAACAUACGGCGGGCACUAGGAAGAUUCAAUCUCACAUGGGAUGCAAUGAUCACCAUCAGCCCAGAAUCUCAUACUUAUCUCCCUACAGGAAGACCUCUGUCGGUAUUUGAAGUCUUCUCGGCUCUGGUAGAGCUGUCUCAGGCGGCCACUUCAAAGCAGUUGAAGCAGGUAGCAAGGACAAUCCCAGAAGCGGAACUGAAGGAAAGUCUGGAAAGACUAGCGACCAAUGACUUCCAGCAGGAGGUUUUGGGCAAGAACAAAUCUCUACUUGACAUCUUGGAAAAAUAUCCGAGUGCACAGUUCACACUGGGACAGUUUCUUGAAGCCUUGCCCCCGAUGCGAAUUCGGCAAUACAGUAUUUCCUCGUCUCCACUGGAGGAUCCUUCGAAGUGUACCAUUACUUACACCGUCAUCGACGCUCCGGCAAGGGGUGGCAAUGCAGACAGGGACCGGUUCCUCGGUGCGUGCAGCAACUAUCUCCGAAAUAGUGAACUUGGUGAUCGGAUCAAUAUCGCUGUUCGACCUAGUCACGCAGGAUUCCAUCUUCCCCUGGACCACGACAUUCCGAUAUUGAUGGUGUGUGCUGGUACCGGAUUAGCCCCCUUCCGAGCAUUCGUUCAAGAGAGGGCGCUUCAAAUCAAAUCUGGGAAACAGCUGGCCCCGGCACUUCUGUUCUACGGGUGCGCCUCGCCAGAUCAAGAUGCCCUGUACCAGGCCGAGUUUGCGGAGUGGCAAGAUCAAGGAGCAGUUGACCUCCGCCAUGCCUUUUCACGAGCAGCAGAUAAGAGCCUGGGGUGCCGUCAUGUCCAGGACCGUAUAUGGCAUGAUAGAGCCGAUGCGCUGAAGCUCUUCGUGAACAAUGCACAGGUGUACAUGUGUGGUUCAAGUGCCGUUGGGGUUGAGAUCAACAAGGUCAUUGCCGAGAUCUAUGCUGAAGCCAAAGGAGUGUCGAAGGAAGAAGCGGAGACAUGGGUGAAUGGACUGAAGGGCGUCCGAUAUUGGGCGGAUGUGUUUAGUUGA